UGAGGUGGUUCUGAGGCGAGCGCGCGCGCGCGGAGAAGGGCGGCGGGGCGGGCGGGCCUCGGGCGGCCGCGGCCACCGGGUCAUCGUCUCUGAUCCGCCACGUGCGGCCUGCGGAAGGGGCAGCAGCAUGUCCGCGGAGGCCUCGGAGGCGGCGUCCGCCGAGGAGCAGAAGGAAAUGGAAGAUAAAGUAACUAGUCCAGAGAAAGCUGAAGAAGCAAAAUUAAAAGCAAGAUACACUCAUCUAGGACAAAAACCUGGAGGUUCAGAUUUCUUAAGGAAACAAUUACAGAAAGGGCAAAAAUAUUUUGAUUCUGGGGAUUAUAACAUGGCUAAGGCAAAGAUGAAGUACAAGCAACUUCCUGCUGCAGCAACCCCGGACAAGGCCGAGGUCACUGGUGACCACAUCCCCACCCCACAGGACCUUCCUCAGCGGAAACCGUCUCUCGUUGCUAGCAAGCUGGCUGGCUGAUUAAAAGAGCUGAACUGCAUGA